AUGGCCAAAUGGCUGAACAAGUACUUUAGCCUGGGCAAUAACAAGACCAAGAGCCCUCCGCAACCGCCCCGGCCGGACUAUCGGGACAAGCGGAACGGCACGGCGGGAGCGGGCGGCGGAGGGCAUCACAACCACAACCACCACCAUCACCACCACCACCACCACACGUCGCCGUGCUUCCCCCGCCACGACACCAGCGACCUGCUUCGCGCCUACCGCGCGCAAAAGGAGCGCGACUUCGAAGACCCUUACAGCGGGCCGGGCUCCUCGCUGCGCAAACUGAGGGCGCUCUGCCGCGCCGAGUAUUGCGCGCCGGAGGAGCUGUUGGUGGAGUCGGCGGGUCCCAAGCCCUUCUCGUCCUCGUCCUGCUGCGGCGGCGGCGGCGGCGGCGGAGUAGGCAGCGGCGGGAGCAGCACCGCCACCGCCGCCGCCGCCUCCUCCUCCUCCACCCCCUCGACGGCCUCGGCUUCGCCUCAGCUCUUCCGCAGCCACAGCGAACGCCGGGCUGCCACCCCGCCCGACUCCGCGUCGGUCAAGUACAUUUCCCCCAAGCACCGGCUAAUCAAAAUCGAAAGCGGCGAAGGUGGUAAGGGCGGCAGCGGCGUUCCCAUCACCUGGAGCCCGCCGGGAAUUGGCGGAGCCGGACAGAAAAAGCUCAACAAGUGUAGCGAACAAGGGGAGGGCGGCGGUGGCGGCAGCGUCUCUUUAACCAAGAAGGAGAAAGUUUUAAUAGCUGAUGACUACUCUGAUCCAUUUGAUGCCAAAAGUGAAGUCAAUAAAAUGGGGAAAGGAGAAAACACUGGCUACAUGGAACCAUAUGAAGCUCAGAGGAUCAUGACAGAGUUACAGAGACAAGACAGUGUGAAGCCCCAGCAAAAAGACAUCCAGCUGUAUGACACACCUUACGAACCUGAAGGCAACUGCGUGGAAUCUGAUUCAGAAAGUGCUAUGAGUCAAUGCCUGAGAGAGAGCAAGUUGCCACAGGAUGAUGAUAGGCCCGCAGAUGAGUAUGACCAGCCAUGGGAAUGGAAUAAGAUCACCAUUCCUGCUCUGGCAGCCCAGUUCAACGGGGGAGAGAUAAGGCAAUCUUCACCUUCUCCGUCUUCAAGUGAUCGGCGCCGACAGCUUCGUGCACCUGGGGGAGGCUUCAAACCCAUCAAACAUGGUAGCCCAGAAUUCUGUGGAAUCUUGGGGGAGAGAGUGGAUCCAACUAUUCCGCUAGAAAAACAGAUAUGGUAUCAUGGAGCAAUCAGUCGGACAGAUGCAGAAAACCUCUUGCGCUUGUGUAAAGAAUGUAGCUAUCUGGUGAGGAACAGUCAAACAAGCAAGCAUGACUAUUCACUUUCUUUAAAGAGUAACCAAGGUUUUAUGCACAUGAAGUUGGCAAAAACCAAAGAGAAGUAUAUUUUGGGUCAGAACAGCCCUCCCUUUGACAGUGUGCCUGAGGUUAUUCACUACUACACUGCAAAGAAACUGCCUAUCAAAGGAGCCGAACAUUUGUCACUCCUAUACCCUGUAGCUGUCCGGACCUUAUAAUUGUUCUACCCGCGCUCCUUCCUGUGGAUUGGAGAUGAAGGCUGCAGCAGUAAAAGGAUCCCUGCAUUGGCAUUGGCAAUUUCUUGAAAACAGACCCCUUUCGGUCUUUCCAGAAACAGACUGUUGUAUAGUAGUAUGAGUGGAAUUGUUGCACUACUUUGCAUGUCCUGUGUGGAAACGUUGGCUUCUAUUUAUAUGAGAGGAAAUGGAUUCAGACAUAGAAAA